UUAAGCUUCAAACUUUUACCAGGCAAGUCGUGUCUGCGGCUGCUACCACUGGCAGUCACUUGAAAAGUCCCCGAACGCGGCUCAAACGUUAACGGAAUUUUAAGACCGAGAGCGAAGAAAACAGAAAACUGCAUCAUUUGCAUAAAGCAAAUAGAAAACGUAACUAAAAUAACUUGAUUUGGAUUUUGUGUUGUUAUUUCGUGUCGCAUAACUGACAUUUUUCGCGCUUCGCCCUUUUUCACUUGGAUAAUUUCAGUCGUAUCGUGUUUGUUUCGAAAGGAAAAUAGUGCAUUGAUAUCUGAUUAAUCCAAAAAAAAAAUAAAAAAAACAAUAACAAUUAUCUGAGGAAUUUUAAUCCCUUUGGAAUUCCCGAGUGAGUCAUGCGAGUCUCGUUGGCACUGUGGGGCACUUUGUGCCUGUGGGUGGUCACUGCGAAUGCACAAGGAUUUAUACCACCACCCAAUGUGGGGCUUCACAAUGGGCCGCCCUUUCACAACUCUCAGCGCCGUCAGUUGAAUUUGCAGCAGUACAAUCAGCAAAACUUUGUCCAGGCGGGCGUGGAGCUGCCCAUUCCCCACCGCGGUCCUCCUCCCCAUCUGCAUCAUCAGCAACAGCAGCCACCGCAGCAGCAUCGCUUCGGGCAGUUUCCACAGCAGCAGCAACAGCAGCCCCACAGCAAUCAACAGUUCCAACGCUCGACCCAAAACCAACUGCAAACCGCUCCUCAGUUCCCCCAGCAACCCUCUGCCGCUGGCUUAGAUCUGCAUCAUCAGAACUUCUUGGACUUGCGCAACUUUGCCGGCUCCCAGCAGCAACAUCAGCAGCAGCAACACCAGCAGCAACAUCAGCAGCAGCAACAUCCCCAGCAACAGCGCCACAAGCAAUUUGAUUCCCGCCUGCAGUCCACGGCUUUCCCGCCACAACCUUCUCAAGAAACCUACCAGCAGCAACAGCAAUUGCAGCAGCAGCAGCAACAGCAUUUUGCCUUCCAGCAACCCCAGCAAUUUGGACCUCAAGUUCUGCCGCAAACCACUCAAAAGCUGCCCAGCCAGGCGCCAGUGCCCACUUUCCAGACGAUUCCCCAGCAGCAGCAGCAGCAGGGUCAGUUUAACUACCAACCGCAGCAGACGAGCCAGCAGCAAUAUCAGCUGACUCCCCAGUUGGGAUUGCCAGUGCCUCAGAUCUUCAGCAAUGUGCAGGCCACUCCCUUCCCAGAGCCAACCAGAGGAACCUUCCAGCAGCAGCAGCCUCAGCAGCAACCUCAGUUCCAGCACCAAUUUGUGAAUGCCCCAUCGCCCAUUCAACCUCAGUCGCAACCCGCCGACCAGGAGUACAAGCAGAAGCUGAUCCAAAAGCAUGAGCAAUUCGUGGCCAAGCAGUACGAAAAGUCGCAGCACAAGGUGCGUCAGCAGCAUGAGGAAUUCCUGCUCAAACAGCACCAGAUCAAGCAGCACAUCCUCCCUACGAUUGUGACCCAGCAUAAUGGAAACUACCAGAACUCACCCUAUAUAGCUGCCCCGGCACGUGGACGUCCAGUGGCCCAUCCCACGGAGUACAAUCAGUUCAAUAGUGCGCUGCAGCAGUACUACAAAGAGCAUCCGACAACGACAACAACCACGACGACAACAACCACCACCACUGAGGCAACAACCACGCCCAAGAAGAAUAUCUACGCUCAGGUGAAGUCGGAACUGGGAAAGUAUCCCAGUCAGAAGGGUAAGAAGCCAGUGAAGACCAUCGCACGGGAUGAUCUGCUCAAGCAGCUGAAGGCCGCCCUCUCGGAGGCACCACAACAACCACUGACCGGCAACAAGACCUACGAUGAGAUGGAUCUGGUGCUGCCCAAUGGCCAGCGGGUGCAGGUGAUCCGCACCACGGAUCCCAAUUUGGUGCAGGGACAGAAGGCCUAUUCGCAGGAGCAACUGCAAACGCUGUUGGCCCAACAGGCUUUAGGAUCAGGCGAUGCCAAGCUUAGUUUGAGUGACGUGGCGCCCAGCAAGAGCAAGGAUCUGGAGCUGCCCGGCGGCGGAAAGGUGCAGAUUCUGCGAUCACCCGAUCCCCAGGAGUCCGAUACCCUGCCCUCGGGAUCCCUGCCCGGCGGAGUGGAUCUAUCCAGCCUGGCCGCCCUUUAUGGAGGAGGUGCUGGGGACAUCCAAGGCAUCAGCAGUGGAGCCAACAGCAUUGCCAGUUCAGCGGUCAUAACCUCCGAUUCGGAUGACCCACCCUCUCUUGAAGAGCUGGCCAAGCGGGGACUCAUUCCCGAUGGCUACGAGAUCGAGGGUCUGAGCUCAAAGUCCCAGGCACCGGCGGCCACCCCGCCACCCACUUUGCCGCCCAAGAAGAAGGCCACCUAUGUGUAUCUGGAGGAACAGGCCGAUGGCAGCUUCAAGAUCCAGGGAGUCAAGGCGAAUGGUGAGAAGGAGACCAAGCAAACGGGUUCCGAGGUGGAGAGCAUUCUGGAGCGCAUCAGGAGUGGCGAGAUCAAGCUGCCGCCUUCCGUUUCCCGGUUGACGCUGCCCAACGAUGAGACGGUGGAGAUCAAGAGCGGGAAAAUCAUUCAAACCACCCGGGCACCAACCACCACAUCCACGAGCACAACCACCACCACUACGACGACUACAACUUCAACACCUUUCAUUUCCCGUGGAACGCCUAGCAACCACCGACAGUAUCACCCAUCGAGGACGUCGACAACCAGCACCACAACCACGGCACCCACAACGGCCCGCCACAAUUUGUUCUACGAGAGCAGCACCACCCACGCAAAUGCGGCUAGUUUGAUCCGCACCACCCCAUCUCCCAUUUACGGUGGAUCCACGGUGACGGUUUCUCCCUAUCUCGAGGGAGUCUCCACCCACCUGCCAGUGGUCACUGAGCGUCUCUCGGAUGUGGCCAACAAUGCUGAGCUUCUGCCACCUGUGCCCCAAUAUGCCGAUGCCCUCGUCCAGGAGACGGAGAACACCGAGAAGGCGGCCCAGGCCAGUCCUUCCACGGGUUCCGUACUCUCCAAUCCCAGCGAGGAUCUACUGCAGAUCCUCAAGUCCAACGGCCUUUUCGCCAUGGCCAAGUAUCUCAGGCAGUCGGGGCUGGACAGCAUUCUCAACGAAACCGGACCCUAUACCAUCUUUGUGCCCACGGAUAAGGCCUUCAAGAAUCUGCUGGUGCAGUUGGGCGGACCCGAAAGGGCCGAGGAGAAAUUCCAGUCCAACCCAAGGUUGCUAAGUGGGCUGCUGCUCCACCACGUGAUUCCAGGAGCCUUUGAGAUUGCCACCCUGCAGGACGAGAUGACUGGCGUGUCCCUGGCCGGAACCCAGCUGCGAGUUAAUCAGUACAACAUGCACGACCAGGAAUGGAACGAUGUGACUCUCACCACCAUCAACGGAGCCAUGGUUGUGCUGAACAAGAAGGACAUCAAGAUACCGCAGGGAGUGGCCCACGCCGUCGAUCGCGUGAUGUUCCCACUGCCCGUUGGAGAUAUUCUGCAGACCCUGCAGUCCGAUCGCGAGGGUCGCUUUAGCAAUUUCCUCAAGAUUCUGUACACCUCUGGACUGUCCGAGAAGCUGCAGAGCAAGGGUGUUAAAACCUACACGGUUUUCGCUCCUGUGGACAAGAGCUUCAGCGAACUGGACUCCGACACUCUGGAGAAGCUCUACAACGACAAGGAGGCCGCCGAGCAGUUUGCCAUGAAGCACAUCGUUCCCGGGGCCCUCUUCUCCGCCGGCAUGCGUUUCUACCAGGUCAAGGACUCCCUGUCCACCGGCAAGACCGUCAUCCUGCAGAAGACAUCCGCCGGCAAGAUCAAGGUGAACGAUGCCCAGAUGGUCACAUCGAACAUUCCGGCCACCAAUGGAGUGAUUCACGCCCUGGAUGGAGUCCUGGCGUGAAGAGAUUAGAGCUGCUGCUGCUUUAAGCGGUUUUUUGUUUAAACCUUAAGACUUAGUUUUAGCGAGGAGGAGUUUCAUCAACCACAUCCAAAAUUGUUAGUGAAAUCUUGCCAAAGUCCGCGAUUGGACUUGUGAAAUUACAAUCCUUUAGAGAACUGGUGCAAAACCAUCGAGUAUAAGACACAUACGCAACGAUUUGGUGCUUCCAUAAACUUUUCUGUAUUUGUUCUUUUUCGCCUUCAUAAAACAGUCAUUAUAAAUAGUUCAAUUUAAGAAUGGAGCAGAGAAUGUGUAAAAAAAACCAAGAGAGGUGGAAUCUGAUUGGGAUCUAAGCUAAGUUCACAUAUAAUUUAUUUUUGGCAUUAAAUCGAAUGCAAAUUAAUUUACAAAAUUCUGUAUAUUAA